CAGCGAGGACCCCUGCGACGGCAGCGCCGACGGACUCGUGGGUGUGAAAAGCGGGAGUCGGGGCGCAAGGCUUUUUUAUAGUUGCCUUAGAAACGAGACUUCUUUCUCUCCGCUCUUGGGCCCUCCCGGAACCAGUGUCACCCUGUGCCUGCAGCAGCAUGUCCGUGAGCGAGAUCUUCAUCGAACUGCAGGGAUUCCUGGCCGCUGAGCAGGACAUCCGAGAGGAAAUCCGGAAAGUUGUGCAGAGUUUAGAGCAGACAGCCCGAGAAAUUUUAACUCUGCUUCAAGGAGUUCAUCAAGGUUCUGGAUUUCAGGACAUUCCAAAGAAAUGUCUGAAAGCUCGAGAACAUUUUGACACAGUAAAAACACAGCUAACAUCUCUGAAGACCAAGUUCCCCGCUGAACAGUACUACAGAUUUCAUGAGCAUUGGCGGUUUGUGUUGCAACGCUUGGUCUUCCUGGCGGCAUUUGUUGUGUAUUUGGAAACAGAAACACUUGUGACCCGAGAAGCAGUUACAGAAAUACUUGGCAUUGAACCAGAUCGAGAAAGAGGAUUUCAUUUGGACAUUGAAGACUAUCUCUCUGGAGUGCUAAUUCUUGCUAGUGAACUGUCUCGUCUGUCAGUUAACAGUGUCACUGCUGGGGACUAUGCCCGUCCUCUUCACAUCUCUACUUUCAUCAAUGAGCUAGAUUCUGGCUUCCGACUUCUCAACUUAAAAAAUGAUUCACUGAGAAAACGCUAUGAUGGCCUAAAGUAUGAUGUGAAAAAAGUAGAAGAAGUGGUCUACGACUUGUCAAUCCGAGGUUUCAACAAGGAAGCAGCAGCAGCUUGUACAGAGAAAUAGAUUUUCCUUGUUGUUGGCCUUGUUUACCUCCAGUGGUUGCCAGUGAGGGGUGGGAGCUUUAGUAUCCCUCUCCUGUGGUAGUUUAGAGAAUGCAAAUGCUAAAAACUUCUCUUUAUUUUCUUACCAGUUGCAUGGUGCAGGUAUAAGAAAUGAGACACUUUUUUUUUUUUAAGGAAAAAAAGCCUUCAGAAGGACAGAAUUCCCUUUGUUGUUUGCAGUGAACUUAUUCUAUAAUUCACUAUAUUUCAGUUCUGCCAACAGUAAUAACUACUAACUUCUUAGUAAAAAUAGUUCUCAUGUUAAUCCUGACUUCCUUGACAUAAUGUGUCGAGUGUUUGGUGUCUUGUAUAUUUUUCCGUCUGAUAAUUCCUAUUCUUUACAUAUCCCAAAAGGCAGAUCAAUCAUGCCUGGAUCUGGCAUGAACUUAUAAAUAGGCAAUUAAAAAGAAUUUUUGUAAAAUUGAAAAAAUAUAUAAAACAUUCUUUCUGGUUAAAUAAUGCUUUUGUUAAUUCAAGUCCUGUGAAUGAAUUGAGUGUCAAAAGUUUUAUAUGGGAGGCAUUUCUUAAGUAUUCUUAAUAAUAUUUGUAAAAAUAAGAUUUGAUUUGAUAAUCAAGCUAAAAAUUAUUUUGGGAGGUGGAAUGUCUACUUGGACUUAAGUUUUUGGUGGUUUUUUUUUUUUACCCUCUUUACAGGAUGAUAUUAUCAGGCUCAGACAAAAGUUUAGUGUUUAAAAACCUUUGCUUUUUGAUGUUGCCAGAAUGAUUCAUUUCCGUAAUUAUUACCAUAAAAACUUUCUACACUUAGGUUAUGGUCACAUGCUUCAUGUGUUGUAUGCCUAGAUCACAAACCACAUUUCUAGAAGCCAGCUAAAUAGUUUGGACUGGUAGGAUGCAACCAUCAAUAUGAGUUAUUUUUGCAGAAAUUUCCUGCAUACUAUUUAUGCUGUAUUAAAUGAGAAUUCAGCAGUUUGUACCUUGUGUAAAAGAAAGGUAUUACCCUUAAUAAUUAUACUUGAGAGGUAUGACAAAUCUCAAAUUGAACGUCAGUGGUUUCCUAAGUACCAGUAUUAGCCUUUAGAUUUAUUAAUUUUGGUAUAUUAUUUUAACUUCAGCUUUCUUUUUUCCAUCUGCCAAGCAGAAUUAAGAAUACUCUCCAUCUGUUAUUCAUAGAUGUAAUGAAUGUUAUUGAGACUGUAAUUACACUGUUUAGAGCUAAUUGAAGGAAAGUUGCCACUCUUUACACUUGUAAUACAAAGUAGUUACUAGCCUUGAGGCUGAAUACUAGUCAUUCUGUUUGUAACAUAGAAUAUACAUGAUCAUAAUUUAAGGAUUUUGGCCUUUAAGUUAAGAAAAAUAGAAACAGUGACACAAGUUACUACAGUGAUUAAUUUAUAAAGUAUUAACAGCACAUGUAAAUUAAUUUACAGACUAUUGACAGCUGUAAAUUUUAAGAGGUAAUCAAUGAGAAACAUUUUUUGAGAACUCUUUUUAAAGAGUAGAUUGUGGAAAGGUCUCUUUUUAAGAGCUUGGCCACUGAAAGGUACUCAGGCAGAUGAAGCAAAGCAUUUAAAAAUAAUAUCACUAUUUGACUUGAAAAGAAAAGACUUUCCACUUAGAUGAUCUAAAGAAGAUAGGGAUUUGAUGUCAAGUAUUUUUUUUUCUAAGUGUUGAUUCUGCUUAAAAAUGUCAGAAGUUCUAUGGGAAAGGCAUAGAUUAUGAUUCCAAGUGGAAGAAUGCAUUCAGAUGGGAGAAGAGGGAUGGGUUGAUUUUGAAUGUGUGUUUUGUUUAUUUGUUUUAGCUGUAUUGUUGCUGUCAUAUAAGAAAUAAAAUUUGUUUUUGUUA